AUGUUUUCUGUUUUACUCAUUACCUGGCUUUUGCUAUUUAAUCAACAGAUAGUAGCCAGAAUAAUUGGUCCUAAUGUGGAAUAUGUUCAAGAAGAUUUAGAUGAAGAAAUUUUAGUUACAACUGAGCAUCCUAUUUUCAUCGAGACCACUAUGACCAAUGAUGAUAGCUAUCACAAUACUGCAAUUGUUGAAAAUGAAACAUCUACUCGUUUGAAUGCUCAGAAUAACAUGGAUGAUACAUCAGAAUCAUCAUCAGAUGAUAUUAUUGAAUUAAACGUUGGUGGUCAACGAAUAACAACAUUUCGUUCAACUCUCACUAUUGUACCUAAUUCAAAAUUAGCACUUAUGUUUGCUAAAGAUGUUGACAACAAAACUAUAGCGAAAAGCAAAGAUAGUAAUGCAUACUUUCUUGAUUAUAAUCCUGUACAAUUUUCAUAUUUACUUGAUCAAUUACGAGCAAUAAAACGAGUGCCAAAUUUUUCACCAUAUGAUCUUGACAUUAAAGCACCAAAUAUAGAUGUACGUUUUAAUUUUUCUAAUAUGCUCAACGAACUCGGAUUGAAUUCUGAACGUUUCUUAUCACCACUGAUUGGUGCUCAUCUCAAUUUGAAAACAGAUACUCUUGUUGGAUGGAAAGAAUGUUAUCGUGGUCAAUAUAAUACACCGUUCAAUGCUACAGUAUUGAGUGAUACUUGCAAAGGCAAACGACUUCUUGUUGCCUGUCGUUCUGUUAAUAACAAAAAAACUUUAACUGUAGCUGGUGUAGGUGAACGUGAAAGCAUUUUUCAUCCAUGUCCAUCAAAUGGUCAUUGUAUAACCAAUAAGAAAAAUGGCAUAGGUUUCUACUAUGUGGCAGAUCUCGUCUGGGGUUUCGAAGGACGCCCAAAGGAUUGGGUCGAUCCUAAUUAUUAUGGAUAUUACAUUCACACAGCAUUUUUAAAUACUUGUGACUCCAGUGAUGUUCAUUCUGAAUAUCGACUCUGUUGGUCAUUUCCAUCGGGUGCUGGCCGUGGCGGUGGUGACAGAUGUGGAAGUGCAAAAAAUCUUCACAAUUCAAAAGAAUGGGAACGUCUUAUUUAUCAAACCGUUUAA